CAUCGCGCGGAGAUACACGUGUACUGCGCAUAACCUUUGUUUGACGAGCGCAACAUUUAUUUGCUACAAGAAUAUUUCGAUAUUAUUGUCAAAAAGCUAUGAAACGUGUUAACUCGAAAAAAAGCACGAGGGAACAACUGGAAUUAUUUGACAAAUCGGAAUUAAUCGACAAAAUAUUACAAUUAGAAGCUCACAAUGAGCAACUUAGAGCACUAAUCACAAAAACUACAAAUUCUAAAUCGGAAAAGAGAGAAAUGCCUGAUAGAGUGAAAAAAUCAUUUGAUUUCUCACGAUACCAUAAAAGGCAUAUUCUCUUAAAAUUUUACUAUCUCGGCUGGGAUUAUCAUGGCUUCACUGUACAAGAAGAUAACAAUGACACUAUCGAGCAUCAUUUGUUCAACGCUUUGUUAAAAAGUUGUUGCAUAGAAUCUCGUGAGAAUGCCAACUACCAUCGGUGUGGACGAACUGAUAAAGGUGUUAGCUCAUUCUCUCAAGUGAUUUCAUUAGACAUUCGCAGUAGAUUGGAACCAGAAAAUCAAAAUAAUUUAUCAGAGGAAUUGCCCUAUUGUAAAAUAUUGAAUAGAUUAUUACCAAAAAAUAUAAGAUGCAUAGCAUGGUGUCCAGUCUCGCCGAAUUUCUCUGCGAGAUUUGACUGCAAAUAUAGGACAUACAAGUAUUUCUUUCCAAAGAGCAAUUUAGAUAUAAAUGCCAUGGAUAAAUCUGUUAAGUACGCUGUAGGGGAUCAUGACUUCCGUAAUAUUUGUAAAAUGGAUGUAGCCAAUGGUGUAAUUAACUUCAAGAGAACUGUAAUUGAUGCAAAAGUAUCCAUGAGCAAUCAAAAUACAGAAAAAGUCACAGGCUACAAUAUAUGUGAAUUAGAAAUCACAAGUCAAGCUUUUCUCUGGCAUCAAAUACGUUGCUUAAUGGGCAUUUUGUUACUGGUUGGACAAAGAAAAGAAGAGCCUGAAAUAAUUUUGAAGCUUUUAAAUGUUGAAACUUGUCCACAGAAGCCGCAGUAUAAUAUGGCUCAUGAAGUACCAUUGAAUCUCUGGUAUUGCGAUUAUGAAGAUGUAGAAUGGUUUAUUGAUCAAAAUGAGUUAAUAAAUACUGUCAAGACAUUACAACAAGAUUGGGCUCUCAAUACUAUAAAAUCUACAAUGAUUAGAAAUAUGUUAACAAAGUUGGAAAAUUUGGUCGAUUGUGCAAACACUGAUUUUCAAAGUGAUUGCCUUCUUCUUGGAGUAAGAUCAAAAAUAUAUCAGCCACUAAUGAAACGAGAAAUGUGUGAGAGUUUGGAAAAUAAAAUCAAGCAUUAUGAGAAGAAACGAAAGUUCGAGGUUGUACAUUCGAAUGUUACAUAGCAUAUGCCUAUGCUAAUCACAGGACUUGUAUUACACAUGUAUUCUAACAUUUUUAGAUACAUACAUUUCUUACUGUAAAAAUUACAUAUGGCAUCUGAAAUUUUCGCUAUAUGUGAAAGUGCUUUGUUCAGCCUUAUUGUUCGUCGAAUUUUGAUACAGUAAAUCCCUCUGCAAAUUUUUCCAAGGAUAUGAAAUUUUACAAGAUAUUUUUAAAACCAACUCUGUAAAGUAAAGACAAAUAGGCCUGUAAUAUCCGAAACGACGAGCAAAUCUUUUACAUAUCACAAUCUGAAUAAAUUUAGAUUGACAUUAAGCGCGACAAGCUUUGUGCAUUCAUGAAUAUUUUUUAGUUAAAUUAGUAACUAAAAAAUUUACGAUUAUGUAAUAUUACUAUUACUAUAUCUAUAAUCUUGAAAAAAUCUACCAAUAGAUUAUUCUAUAAACAUUCAGGUUGUAAGAUGUUUAUUUACAGAGGGUGAAGCUGUAUAUACAUGAUUAAAAUGUGAAAUUUAAUUUGGGCAUUUAAAUGUAUAACAAAUAUUUUAAUCGCAAUAGCAUUAAAUGAUAAAGAUCAUUGCCACGAAAUUGUAAUUGUGAUGGACGAUUUAAAAAUAAGUUACAAAUCAA